CAAUUUUGCUUGCUGGAAAAAUUGUGUGACCCUGCUAGUGGGGGUUAAAUGCUAGCACAUGUUGACAUGUUAUUGAUAGAAUCGGUUCAUUCGAAUGACCCUGCUAGUGGGGGUUAUACACCAGCAAAUAGUGUGCCUGCCAAUGGGCGAAUACAUUGGAAGCGAAACCGAGGACGGGGAAACCACGAGAAGUGACAAGUUAGAAAGCUAGCCAUUUCGAGAUUGAUAUAGAUUUUAGAAAUAAAUCAUGCUUUUGUAAGAUAGAUUUUACCUUGAGAUUUUGAGCUUA